AUGGGUUCCUCACCAACAGAGAAGAAAGGUGCUGCCGCGGCUGCCGGCAAUGACCUUGCAGCAGUACUCCCCGAUGAUGCUCGACCUUGGUAUCGCGUACCGCAUCUCCUGAAACUCAACCUUCUCCUUCUAAUUCCUCUCGUGUCAUCAGGCGCAAUUGGUUAUGAUGGAUCGAUGAUGAACGGUCUUCAGACCCUCCCUCAAUGGAGAGGCUACUUUGGACAGCCCGAAGGCGCCAUGCUCGGUGCUCUCAACUCCGUAUAUCCAGCCGGAAAGGUCAUUGCCCUUUUCUUUGUCACCUACGUAUGCGAUCGAUUCGGUAGAAAGACAGCCAUGAUGGUCGGAGCCUUGACUUGUGUCGCUUUCGCCAUCAUGCAAGCUGUGUCACAGAACUUGGAGACUUUCAUUGCGGCGAGAGCUAUCCUUGGUUUCUUCACAAGUUUCUUGGCCCAGCCUAGUCCAAUCCUCAUCACCGAGCUUGCCUAUCCCACGCAUCGAGGCAAGCUUACCGCUCUGUACAACACAUCCUUCUACCUCGGAGGUAUCAUCGCCGCAUGGUGCACAUACGGAACCUUCAAGAUCGACUCGACAUGGAGCUGGAGAAUCCCGUCUCUUCUCCAGGGAGCCCUCCCCUUCAUCCAACUCCUCGCUGUGUACUUCCUCCCCGAGUCUCCCCGAUGGCUCGUCGCCCACGGCCGACGCGAAGAGGCCCGCAAGAUCCUCGCCACGUAUCACGCCGGCGGUGACGCAAACGCUCCACUUGUCAACUUCGAGAUGGCGGAGAUUGAGGGUGCUUUGACGCACGAAGCCGAUGCCAUGUCACAGAACUCUUGGCUCGAACUCGUCAGAACUCCCGCGAACAGAAAGAGAACACUAAUUGCCGUUAUCGUCGGGUGGUUCGCUCAGUGGAACGGGAUCAACCUCGUCAGCUACUACCUUGUUCUUGUCCUCAACACGAUUGGUAUCACAGCUGCCAAGGAACAGACUCUCAUCAAUGGUCUUUUGCAGAUCUCAAAUUGGCUUGCUGCGAUCUUUGUCGGUGCUAUGUUAGUCGACAGACUCGGACGUCGCACUCUGUUCCUUCUCUCGACUUGUGGAAUGUUCGUGUCGUACAUUAUCUGGACCGCUCUCAGUGCUUCGUUUGACAGUACCCGAAGUCCAACUACCGGCAAAGCCAUUGUCGGUUUUGUGUUCAUCACCUUCUUCUUCUACGCUAUUGCUUGGGCCCCUCUUCUCCAAGCGUAUACCGUUGAGAUCUUCCCGUACACCCUUCGCAGCCGCGGUGUCUCCGUCAUGUACGUCAGCACAUUCGUCGGUCUCGUUGUUGGAAACCAGGUCAACCCGAUCGCCAUGAAGAACAUCGGUUGGAAGUACUACAUUGUCUUCUGCUGCAUUCUUGCCUGUCUCAUUGUCGUUAUCUGGUUCCUUUUCCCCGAGACAAAGGGUCAUACUCUGGAGGAAAUUCAAGCCAUCUUUGAAGGAACAUCUCAUGGGGCUCUUCAUGCUGGUAAGCUGGAUGAUAUUGAACAUGGUAGAUUGGAUCAGGAUGGCAAGAAGGAUAAGAAGGUCGACCAAGUUGAACUCGCUUAG